UCCGUCGUGUUGUUUUUCUUGCGUCAAGUGCGUCAUAAGAGUGCGUACGCGUGUAUCAUCCACGUAAAACAGUUCUGUCGGUCCCCGUUGAUUUCUUGUGUGAUCGUUGAAUAAGAUGCGCGUUGAAAAUGUUGCAAGAGGAAGCUCUGUACAACAGCACAUCCCCUCAGAAAGGCGAUGAAAUUCAAAAACUCAAUUUUAUACAAACAUUACCAAGCCUCUUAGCCACAGACUCAGAAUCAUGUAUGACCCAUGUGAUACCAAAAGUGCAACAGUCAUUGGCUACUGCAUCCACAGAAUUCCACAUUGCAGCUUCAUCUACAUUCAAAACAAUCCUAGAGCAGAAACUUGUCAACCAUAAUGUAUUCAGUCGAACAUUCCUCCAAAGUAUCUUAAAUUCGCUUGAAAAGCGUGAUCCAGUUAUCUGUCAUGCAUGGCUGGAGACCUUACUGGAUGUGAUAGAGUUACUGCCGGUAGAAGUCAUAAGAAAGCAGAUUCUUCCAUUGACUGUAAGCAAAGGACAAUUGUCACAACCUAUCUACUCCAGGAUAAUAUGCAGCAAGAUAUUAGGAAAGAUUUGUACACGAUUUGAUUCUGCUCUGAUACAGAAGGAAGUUCUACCAAUGGUACACUCCCUCUGUCAGGAUGUAAAUAGUGAAGUACGAGCUAGUAUCUGCUUGCAGCUACGUUUUGUUGCUGAAGGCCUUGGUGCUGAGUCUGUAAAAUCUGCUUUGCUACCAUCUCUAGUAGAAUUAGCAAGUGAUGAAGAAAGCAAUGUAAGAUGCGCGUCUGUACAAACUAUAGCGUAUUUGCUACCUCAUCUUCAGGAAGAUACAAUAAAAACUACCAUAGUGCCACUUGUUAAAAAAUUAUGCGAAAAUACACAGUCUGCGCAAGCAGACGAUAACGUGAUAUGCGUCAUUGCUCAGGAGUACGGAAAAAUUGUACUUGGCCUAGAAAAAUGCCUAUUACCCACGGAAAGAACAUGGUUUUUAAAAUAUUUUCAACAACUUGCACAAAUGGGUAUUGUUUCCAUAAGAAAAGAAUCUAAACCCCAUCUUCCAUUUAUGAACAGUAAUUUCGACGAAGAUGAAAGAUAUAUCGAAUGCAGAAGGUGUUGCGCUUUUAAUCUGCCUGCAAUGUUCAUCUUUGUGUCAAAUUCCGCGGACGAUACGGAUGCUCUACUUCUUACAUUUACCGCUUUAGCAAAUGAUCACUAUUACUUGAUCAGGAGAACUGUGGCAUGUGGAAUUCACGAAGUGGCCAAGGUGUUAGGUCCGAAAAGUGGACGGAUAAAACCGGAUCUAGUAAAGUUGUUGAAAGAUAACUCCGAAGAAGUUCUUCAAGGUUUAGUUCCUCAUAUAGGAUUAACACUUGAUUGUUUAGCCGAAAGUCAAAUUAUUGGUGUAGAUAGAAUGGAUUCCACUGUUAUGGAAAUAGGUAGGGCAUUAUUGAAAUGCGAGUCGGAAAUAGCAGGAACACACAAUUGGAGAUUAACAUCGUUGAUGCAUUCACAGCUUGAAAUAUUGCCUAAAUAUUUUCCAAGUGACUUUAUAUAUACGUAUUUCGUGCCAAUGGCUUUUUUCAGAGUAUUACAUGCUAGACCAAUACCUGUACGUCUCGCGGCAGGAACACUAUAUCUUUUUCUUUUACGUUACAACAUGAAACCUAUGCAAAGAGUAGAACUUCGUAGCAAGUUAUAUUCAGAAUUGGCUAAUAGUCCGAAUUGUUACGUGAGAAUGAUGUUCGUUCGGAUAAUGAUAGAGGCCUUGGAAAUUUUCUCUUCGGUGUAUUUCAAGGAGCAUUUUUACUCUACGUUAUUGAACUUGGCAGAAGAUCCUGUAGCUAAUAUAAGAAUGAAAGUAGUUUCUCUGUUGCCUCAGUUGAAGUGUCAGCUGCGGAUACCGGCUGAUAAAAAAUUGUUAACUGAGCUAGAAGCGACUAUAGCACAUUUAAUAAACAGUGAAAAAGACAGGGAUGUGCUUGCUGUGUUGGCUAAUGUUAUAAAAAAAUUGGACGACAUAGAACUUAAAUACGAAGGUCGAACUCCAUCUGGAGUACUUUCGAAACAUGACAUCGAGGAUACUAGAAACCCAAACGGAGGGGCUACAAUGAAAAAAGGUGGAUGGCGACGAACGACUGGCGAAAGCUCAACGAAACCGCUAUCGCAGACAUCAUCGAAAGAUAGCGUAGGGUCUGCUCGUCAAUCAAGCGAUGGACCAAAACCGAGAAUUCAACUAACACAUCCUUGGGAAAGAAUAGGGCAUACCAACUCAAACAUUAGUACAAGCCAUACUAACUUUGACAAUGGAUCAUGCAGUGAUUAUGUAAUGCAAAAGGCAUCACAGCGGAGCCGAUUGAAAUUAGCAUUGCCGUUUAUAUUGUGGCCGGAAUCGUGUGAAUGCGCAGACUACUCGGAGGACUACGGUUUCCAUUCGUGUCCCUCGUCCGAUUACGGAAAAUCCGUAUUCUCGGCGAUCAUGAGGGAGAACCGGCGACGGUCCCAGCAAAAUUUCCUACUAACACGAGAUUACGCCCGCGAGUUUUCCACUAACAUUGCCAGCAAGGACACUGCCACUGUAAGAACGCUUGCAGCUCACUAUAACUCUUGUUGGCCUUGUAGCUCGAUGCCUGAGAUACCGGUAAUGCUGUCGGACGACGAGUUCCUCGUGGACGCUGGUAUCAGGAUACCAGUGCAAUUCUCGCAGAGCACCUCCAAGAUACCGCACUUGCAAGACGUCCUAUUUGGCAAAAGGAGAAGCAUGUUCAACGUGAAUCGCGUCAGGCCUUCCAGUAUGAACUUCGACAAGGGAAAACCUAAGAGAAAUUCCUCCGUGGAAUUCGAGGACUGUUUGAAACGAAGAACAAGCGACCAGCCUAGUGACAUCAGAACUUCUAUCGAUUGUGAAGACGGUUUGAGACUGGUGAAGAAGAAUCAACAGCUGUGUAAAAAGGAUCCUUUGUACAUCAACCCUCUGAUGAGAGCUAGGUUUGGAUUCGCUUUGAAUCAGGACAGGACAUUGGACGACAAGAUGAAACGACGAAACUCGUUGGUAUUGGAGAAGGACAAGCCGAAGAUUCUACAGUCAAAGUGUACAUUGGACAGGACUAAGAGGAACUCUGCUAACUUUAGUUUAAAGAUGCUCGAGACGAAAGACACUAAGCCUAUUCUGAAGGAUCAGCACAGCUUAGAAGUGACCGACUACAGACCGUUGGAACGGCUGAGCCGAGCGCUGAGACGGUGCUCGACGCUAGACGUGAAUCAUAAUCAGGGACAUAGCAAAAUACCGUUAAGAAGUUCUGUACGUCGUAGUAGAACCGCGCCAGCCACAAGGGCUUCCAGCCCAGUUGGUUCUCAGUUGAGGUACGAGGAGAUCGACAAGUUGUGCCGAAAGUUCUAG